AUUUCCGUUCGUUCCUGAUCGUGUGGAAAAGACGCCGGAAAAUUUCUUCCGAUCCCGUCUUCCUUUUGAGACGCCAGUUCCCGUUCUGAGCUGUUCUAACCGCAGAUAACUGUCAGUUAUAGAAGUGACCAGAUGGAGACAACAAAGAGCCGAAGUGAUGACGCAAGCAGAGGUUCAGUUGGAGGGUUUGUCAACACUCUUCAUAGGUGUGAGGAGUGCAACAAGCAGUUCAGUACACCGAGUGGUCUGACAAGACACAUGCGGACCCACACAGGGGAGAAACCCUACAGUUGUGAGGAAUGCAGCAAGCAGUUCAGUCAGCUGGGUCAUCUAAAGACUCAUGUGCAGUCUCACACAGGGGAGAAACCCUACAGGUGUGAGGAGUGCAACAAGCAGUUCAGUGCACGGAGUAAUCUGAAGAAACACAUGCGGACUCACACAGGGGAGAAACCCUACAAAUGUGAGGAGUGCAGCAAGCAGUUCACCCAGCUGGUUGAUCUGAAAAACCAUGUGCGGACUCACACAGGAGAGAAACCCUACAGGUGUGAGAAUUGCCGCAGUCAGUUUAGCGUGCUGAGUAAUCUGAAGAGACACAUGAGGACUCACACAGGGGAGAAACCCUACAAGUGUGAGCAGUGCAGCAGGCAGUUUAGUGAGCUGGCUGAGCUGAAGAGACACAUGCGGACUCACACAGGGGAGAAACCCUACACGUGUGAGGAGUGCAGCAGACAAUUCAGUCGGCUCGGUCAUCUAAAGCAACAUAUGCGGACUCACACAGGGGAGAAACCCUACAAGUGUGAGGAGUGCAGCAGGCAGUUCAGUCAGCUGGGUAAUCUGAAGAUACAUAUGCGGACUCACACAGGGGAGAAACCCUACAAGUGUGAGGAGUGCAGCAGGCAGUUCAGUGAGCUGGGUAGUCUGAAGAAACAUAUGCGAACUCACACUCGAGAAACCCUACAGGUGUGAGGACUGCAGCUACUAGUACAGUGAGCUGGGUAAUCUGAACCAGUUCUGUGAGCGGGUCCGCAAUUCUUAAGACUCACAAUUCAGUAGGCUCGUUCAUCAAAGACACAUAUGCCAACUCACUCAGGGGAGAAACCCUACAAGUGUGAGAAGUGCAGCUGGGAGUUUAAUUAGCUGGGUACUAGUGGGUAGUCUGAAGAACUUCAUGCACAUCGACACAGCAGAUGUGCAUCCACCAAGGGGAGAAGCUGUACAAUUGUGAGGAGUGCAGCAGGCAGUUCAGUAAGCUGGAUGCGCUGAAUGGAUAUAUGCUAACACAUUUGUGACAAGUCCGUAAGAAUGUCAUAAAAUCAGACGCUUAGAUCAUACGUACAUAGCAAAUGCUUAGUUUUUUCAUUGCCCUUGGUAUAUUGUCGGUUUUCAAUUUCCAAAGGUAAAUCAUAGGUGGUAUUGGUAAAUGCUUUAUAUGUACUAAACCCAGUUCAUUGAUGAUCGUUCGAAGUUUGUGAUAUUUAGUACGUUUGCUUUGUUUUCUAAUUAUAUAGUUUUCUCUUUUAUUAGUCCCAUUAUUAUACAUGUAGAUGUACAUUGUGUACUAUGUUGAUGAGGCUUGUUGUUCCCUUUGUUUACGUUUCGUAUGAUAGCAUCACUGCACUGUUAUUUUACUUAUAUUCCUUGUUAGAAUUAUUCUUAAUUGUUACGGUAUAUGUUUAAAAGGUAACACCUACUAAUUUGAGUUCUGUUUCAGUUGCUAGCUUAACUUAUAGAUUUGUUGAAAUUACAUAUACGAAUAUAGUUCUAUUAUGGUAUACUAAUAGCCGUAGAAAUGAUUAGCACAGCUUUCUGUUAUGGUUUAUUUUGUUCCAGUUCAGAGCUAUUUGUGGCAUUCUGUUAUUUCAGCUGUAUAUAGAGCAGGUACUGGCUUACAGCACGUUUUAAUGUUCUCAUUGGUAGAGUAAUACUAAAUAGGUCCGUUGUAUGUUCUUGUUUAUUCAAUA